AUGUAGAGAAAAUCAACAUGGAAAAAGCUAUACCACCAUUGAUUCCACAAGAUGAAUUGUCAUAAACAUGGAUUAGGACUUGUGUUUAAUGAAUCAAAUUGAUAAUCUAAAUAAUAAUUGUGAUGAGGUCCAAUGAAUCAAAUUGAAAUGUGUAAAGGAAGCAACUCCUCUUGUCUAUAGUCCCCACACUUUGCUAACUCCAUUAUUAUAUAUAUCUGAAGCAUGGGCAUAUGCUCUUUCAUGGAUUCCUUCAGAAUCCAUACUAGGAUGUGAUCGCGCUUUGCAGCUAGCUAGUUAAUUAAUGGUUGUACGUUGAGAUGCGAUUCUUUCUUUGGUUGUGAAUUUAUGAUUGUAAUUGUGUAUUGAUGAUUCUUUAUAUGUCAAGAACUAGUUGCUCCCAAUAACUCGAGUUGUUGGGAGAGAUUCAAUCGUGGAUCUUAUACCACUCUCUGACACGCCCCCUCAAACGAAAGCCAACCCAUGGGCUUGAAGUUUAAAUAGGCCCACCAUACCAUGUGCUUGAAAGACAACGGUUAAUAUUGGGGGUCGUGGAUAUUCGAACACAUGACCUUUCGGUUCUAGGCUCUGAUAUCAUGUCAAGAACCAGUUGCUCCCAAUAACUCAAGUUGUUGGGAGAAAUUCAAUCGUGGAUCUUAUACCACUCUCUAACAUAUCUGAUAUUUUAUAUAUACAUAGUGAAAAUUUCUAAGUAUAAUCAUAGAAAAUUCUUUGCUAUUGAGGGAAGUAAAAGCUCUAGAGAGAAGCUAAUGAAAUAAAAAGUGUAACUCAACUUAAAAUUACAUGUCUUAAAAUUUCAGAGUAAGAAUGAAAAGGAAGGUCUACUAAUAAUUCAAAAAUUAUCUAUUUUUUAAUUGGAUUGGACAUAGAGCUAGAAAAGUUAUCGAUUGUUGAAUCAAUUAUUAAAUUUUAUGGACCCAUUGAUGAAUUGUUUAGGGAAACAUUCAUACUUGCAUAUUAUAAUACAUAUAUAAUAUACUAAUUAAGGUUCUACAAAGAAGUCAAAGGUGAAAAUAAGAAAAGGGAGAGAAGAGGAAAUAAAAAAAAUUAAACGUCAAAAAUAUUAUGGCAAUUAAUUGGUUUUUCACUGUUACAUGUUGUUGUCUCCAAUAAUAUUUUUGUAAUGACUAAGUUCGUUGACCACCAAUACCCACUUUUUUUUUUUACAAAAGGUAAUAAUAUAUUGAUUGAAACAAAAAGAUAGUUACAUCCUGGAGUUCAACCAGGUCUGGAAAUCAAAGAAGCGACAUGUAGUCGGGUACAAAGACAUGACCUUUCUAGCUAACAAAUGAGCUACCCUAUUGCUAUUCCGAUCUACAAAUCGCACACUGAGGCCUAUGUUCAUUGCGAAGGUCUGCACAACCUCUUCAAGAAUAGUCCCCAUCCGAUUAUCACGAGUAUCCGCCCAUAUGAUUUUGUCGAUGACCACUUUGUCAUCACCUUAAAAUCUCACCUCCAAAAAGCCAUGAUUCAAACACCAAGAAACCGCCUUCCAGAGAACAAGCAAUUCAACCACCAUUGGAUCCUCAAUCCAACAUUGACCCACCUAAAUCAAGUGAUUCUUGUGGUUUAAUGUCCAAUCACUAACGACUAACCCAUAGUUAAAGAUCAUAUCCCCGAACCAAUCUAAUAUUGUAGUUGAUUCACGAUUUUAUUGAUGCCGUUCAGUUGUAAUUAAAAAUUACUGCAAUAUUUUUUUUAGUUUUAUGUAAUACUAGGUGGCGAUGCCGCGCCUUGUCGCGUGGUAGAGAUGACCUGUGGGCAUGUAUUAUGUUGCCCGUUAUGUUAUUUUGUUAGUAUUAUUAGCCUAAAAUUAAUUUUUUGUGAACAGUUUUGUUAGUGAUAUUGACUUGAAAAUAUGAUGUUAAGUGAGAAGAGAUAAAUGACUGUCAACAUCCAAUUUGAAAAUUUUGGCUAGUAAAAUGAUAUUUGCCUAAACCCAAGUAGACCCAUCGAUUAUGGGUAGGGUAUGAGUGACGUAUAUAUAGGUUUGGAAGUUUGUAGAUGAGUUUGGGUAGGGUAUGGAUAUUUAAUUUCAUAAUCUAAAUGUGUAUGAGUUGGGUAUAGAUACCCAUUUAUUUUGAGAGUGUUUUAAUUACUCAUACAAAAAUUAGACCUAUUUGUAGAACUCCAAAAGUUCAAGUACCAAAAUGUAAUACACAAAAUUUUAGGUACUAAAAUGUAAUGUUCCAUCUAGAGAUGGCAAUGGGUCGGGUCGGGGACGGAUAGUGCAUAUCCGUUACCCUACCCAAAGUAGUUCGGGUUUUACCCAUGCCCAUACCCACAUAAGAAACGGGUAGAAAAUCCAAACCAUGCCCAUAGCCGUUCGGGUUUCGGGUAUCCACGGUUAUCCAUGGGUAAUAGUUUUUCUUUAUAACUCCAAUCAAUAUGUUAAUAUUUACACGUAUUCUCACGUUACGUAAGACGAAAAGUACGACAAUUAUUCACUAGAAUGAAGAAAAUUAAUUAAAACAACACAAUUUCAUAAGAAAUUUAUAUUUAUAUGCUAAAUAUAAAAUAUGUUAGAGAAAAAUAUUGAUUAUUUCUAGACAAAAUACAUAUGCAUGUGUAUAAUCGGGCGGGUUCGGGUUGGAUAGUGAGAAAACCAUGCCCACCCAUUACCCGCAAUAUUCGGAUUCGGGUUUUACCCGUACCCACUAAAAGUCUUUCGGGUUAGGGUUUUACCCUACCCGAUUAGGUCGGAUUCGGGCGGAUAUCCACGGUUACGGGUAUUUUUGCCAUCCCUAGUUCCAUCAAUAUUUUGAGGACUUAUAUGCCGAAAAAAUAAUUUCGGUUAUAAAUCUAAAGAUCUAUUAAGUUUAGGUACAAAACUGUAAUUUGCAUAGUUGAGGAUUAAUUCCUUUUAUAGAAAAUGAAAAUUAUUUAUUUGAUAUGUGUAGAUACCUAACCAAACAUCCCAUGUAUAAUUGUUGAAAAUUCUAGCACAGGUGAAAAAGAAAUAUUCUAGAGAGAAGCAAAAGGAAAACAAACUGGAACUCGCUUAAAAUUUCACGCCUUCAAAUCCUGUAGUGCAAAAUGAUGACUUUCUAAUAAGUAAUAACCAUAUAUAUUUAUUUUAAUUGUACUCGACAUUGAGUUGAAAAAGUUAGUGAUUAAUGGUUCAUUUAUUAAUUCUCUAGAUUGUUGGUUAGUUGUGUAUGGACCCGUUCAUACUUGUGAUUAGAAAUUUAGAAUAUAUAAAAUUAGUAUACUAAUUAGGGUUAGACGAAGAAGGCAAAGAAGAAAAUAAAGAAAGGAUUAUGGAAGGCGAGUGAAAAAUGAAACGAAGAAGAAGUAGAUGGUGGAAAGGUUUUGACCAAUUCUUUUAGUUAGUCGUCAAUACAACAGUCAACUUUUCACUAUAGUGACUAAGUUGUAAUUUAAUAAAAUUUAAGGUAUCAA